CAGAAUAUUGACAGUUGAAAAACUCAAUAGUAGUAUACUAAAAAUCCUCUAGACAUCAACACUACACCACCUUGUUUUCAGCAAACUCAGUAUCAAAAAACCUUGUACUUUCCCAACUCUAAGAUUGCCUUUGUCCGACUUUCAAUGACUCCUCCAUAUAAAAAUUGUAGUGCUAAAUUCUUCAAUGCUGCAACAAGGUUUCACCCAUAAUGGUAACCUUGUUUCACUUGCCAACUUCCUUAUCCCUCUCUUCUCAUAAACCCCUCUUCUCAUCAAAGCCACAGCAAUGGCCAAGCUGGAAAAUCCCUGAAUAUACACCUAGAAGAAACUUAAAAAUAUGGGCCUUUUCUAUUAGACGACCCAGGAGUGGGAGAAAGGUAAAGAGUAAUGAGGAACUGUGUAAGGACAUAAGGGAAUUUGUAGCUGCGGUUGGGCUUCCAGAGGGUCAUGUUCCCUCCAUGAAGGAGCUUUCUCAGCAUGGAAGGAAUGAUCUGGCUAACAUUGUUAGAAGGAGAGGGUACAAAAUUAUCAACAAGCUUCUUACGAGCUCACCUGAAACAGAUAUUGAUGGAUUUAUUAUGGAGAAAAGUGUAGUUCAAAAGCAUGAUGCAACUGGUGAUUCAGAAGAUAUUUUUGAAGGUCAUAAUCAAAGGGGGAAGAAUACAAUCCAAGAUGUUUCCUUGCCAACUGAAGUUUUCAGCAUGGAGAAUUAUUUAAUUGGAGAGGAUUUUGACUGUAAUGACUAUAAUUGCACAAAGGAAAAUACCAUUCACACUUCAGGAGAUCAAAGGGAAAUGGAAGAGACUAUGGUCGAAGAUGUUUCCCCAUCAGCCUUUCACUCAGUUGAGGAAAAUUAUUUGGGGAGUUUGAAUGUUAAUCCAGAUCAUAACUCUGAUAAUAGUAGUUUCAUGCCUAAAGAAUCUCUAGCCAUGUCAACUUUGGAAGAAAAAGUUGCAAAAUUUGUUCAGAACGGAGAUUUGGAUGCAAUUGAGUAUAAUGUUUAUGGGAUAUUAAAUGAAAGUGGUGAUGAAGAAAGCAAGGAAGUUGUUGGAACUAAUAAUGAAGUACCAACUCAGUCUAGGACCAAAAGUCGAGAAUGCUCUGAACAUGCCUAUGGUACUGCCAUCGCAUUGAAUGGACGUACAACAUUCGCCAAGCAGGUUGCUCCUCUUGUAGCAGUGGAUUACCUUCCUUGGAGUCAUGAUAAUAGGGAAGCUCAAAUUCUAAAAGGUGAUGAUUUGCGGGAGGCUUUGAAUUCUGAGAUCGCUGAAAGAGAGACUCAAAUUGAGAUUAAUCAUCUCAAGCUUAUGCUGCACCAGAAGGAAUUAGAACUGUCCUGUUUGAAGGAGCAGAUUGAAAAGGAAAAGAAUGCUUUGUCUACCCUGCAAACCAAGUCUGAAACAGAGAUUCACAAAGCUCAAAAACUUGUCUCUGAGAAAGAUGCUGAAUUGCAUGCUGCUGAGGAAAGCCUCUCAGGACUAGAGGAGGUCCAACUCGAAUACUCUGGAGAUGGUGAAAUUGUGGAGGUAGCUGGUAGCUUCAAUGGUUGGCAUCAUCGGAUUAAAAUGGAUCCUAAGCCAUCUUCUACCAUUAAAAACCCCAUUGAAUCAAGGAAGUCCAAAAUCUGGUCAACAGUGCUAUGGCUUUAUCCUGGGAUAUAUGAGAUAAAAUUUAUCGUUGAUGGUAAAUGGAAGAUUGAUCCUCAGAGAGAGUCAACUAAUGACAGUGGAAUAUGUAACAACAUUCUCCGAGUUGAUAGUUAAUUUUGGAUGGGUGGAAGAGGGAGAUUCGUUACAUACUGCAUAACAGUAAGAUUGUUGCUCAGAGUAAAGUAGCAGAUUUAUUUGGCAUCCGGUGAUGUCAGUUGGAAUAGAGAAGCACACUGCCUGCAUUGAGGAAGGUGGCUCGUGUCAUGCAUGACCAUGAGAUUUAGGUUUAAGAUGAGCUGUUAGCGUCACACAAAAUAUGGACUUCAACAUUUUCCUUGUGAUAUAGCCGUGCAUUACAUGCCAACAUGCAUAAACUUUUGAUAGGAUAAGGUAAUAGUUAGCAAAGGAUGUGUAAGUUUCAUUGACUUACAGUAGAACACAUUGAAGCAACAGAUUUUCUCCAAGUCUGGUACUACCAAUGUAAAAAUGAUUUGUAGCUACCUAUGUAUAUCUCUGGUUCUUGUAAACAUUGAGAACUCUGAAUUCUGUAGGAGGUUUCCUAGGAACUUUAGGUAGAAUCUUGUCACCAUUAUUGUCCAUGUUAACAUGUGACUUCAGAGCUGUAAAGAUUCAGUGAGUUGGGAAUUUGAAACAUGUGAACUUACAGUUGCA